UAUUUCUUUAGUUUAGUUUGCUUUUUAGUAAUUACACAACAAAAAACAAUAUUGUUAUCUUGUUGAUGAUUUAUAACAUUGUUCAAAUAUUGCAACUAUAACUAUCUGGUUGCAAUGUGGAAUAUUUUAGUUCUUUGCGAAUUUGCGUUAAAUCAAAAUGGCGAAACCUACAACGGUACAUUUUCCUAAAAACUUCAAGUUUGGUGUUUCUACAUCAGCGUAUCAAAUCGAAGGCGGUUGGAAUGAAGAUGGUAAAUCUGAAUCCAUUUGGGAUUAUUACACCCACACUUUUCCCCAACGCAUCGUAAACCUCACUUCCGGCGAUAUCUCAUGUGAUUCCUACCACAAAUUCGAGGAAGACAUCGCGAACAUCAAACGUUUAAAAGUUCAAUUCUAUAGAUUUUCUAUUUCAUGGUGUAGAAUACUCCCUUCAGGUCAUCCGAAUAAAAUCAACCAUGCUGGUAUAGAUUACUACAACCGUUUGAUCAAUGCCCUGAUUCAAAACAACAUUGAACCAGUCGCUACUUUAUUCCAUUGGGAUAUACCAUUAAGCAUCAACAACUUAGGAGGAUGGUGUAACCCAAUCACGUCGGAUUACUUCGCGAGUUAUGCCAGGGUAUGCUUCAAACAUUUCGGAGACAGAGUCAAAACAUGGAUUACCAUCAAUGAACCUAUUUUGAUUGCUAUGCGAGCUUAUGGUGGUGCACAACUUGCUCCGGCGUAUGAUUCCAAAGGUAUCGGGUCUUAUCUAUCAGGACAUGGAGAAUUAUUAGGACAUAUGAAAGCAUAUCACAUUUACGAUAAAGAAUUCAGAGCUAUACAAAAAGGUAGGAUUGGUAUUACGAAUGACGCAAGGUGGGGUGAACCAGCCACUCAAACCCCAGAAGAUAUUGAAGCUGCAGAAAGGUACAUGCAAAUGGACCUAGGAUGGUUCGCACAUCCUAUAUUUAGUAAAGAAGGAAAUUAUCCUUUAAUAAUGCGGGAACUUAUUGAUACUGUUAGUAAAAAUCAAGGUUUUGAUCAAUCUCGGCUUCCGAAAUUCACCCCUGAAGAAAUACAACUGCUUAAAGGUAGUUCUGACUUUUUUGGUUUGAAUCAUUACAACACCGUGGCUGUAAAACACGGAAACACGGAGGUACCACCAACGAAUGAAAACGAUAUUAAUUGUACAACAUUCUACGACCCUUCUUGGAAAACCAAUGGAAGUGAACUCUUUAGAGUUGUACCAUGGGGAUUCAGGAAGUUAUUAAACUGGAUCAAAAAUGAAUACAACAAUCCGGAAGUUAUUGUUUUCGAGAAUGGAUUUGCAGGUAACGAUACAGAAACCUUGAAUGAUAUCGACCGCAUUGAUUAUAUGCGAUCAUACAUGGCCGCCAUGUCCGACGCCAUCUUGAAAGACAACUGCCGGGUGACAGGAUACACCUUCUGGACUUUGAUGGAUAAUUUUGAGUGGCAAGAUGGAUACACGGUUAAGUUUGGCCUCCACCAUGUUGAUUUCAAAGAUCCCAACCGGAAACGCACACCAAAACGCUCCGCGUUUGUUUAUCAGGAUAUAGUAGUCACCAGGUGUUUAACAAACCCAAUUCCUGAUCGUUUUCUUCAUUAAACUUUCAACUCUAACGCAGUACAAAUCCGUAAAAUAUAUAUAAUCAUAAUAUAACGGUAGUAUAUGUAUAAAAUUGUAAUUUUUUUGAUCGAAUGUCUAUGGAGGUUACUUGUACUUCCGCUUGCGAUGCCGGAAGCUAACAAAGCCAUCAUUGUGAUCGCUCUCUUUAUCAUUCUCGUAGAGCGGGUAAACAGGCGGAUGUUUUAACCUUCCCAGUGGUAAAAUCGGUGCUUUUCCCAGUUGACUUAUCGUUGCAGCUGAAGACGACCGCAAUUCUUUACCUUCUAUUGGUGGUAAGACAAUAAACUCAGAACUGGACUUCAACGGUUCAGUUUUAGAUGA